AUGUGAUGCCAAGAAGAAGAGCAGGGUACCUCAUCCUAACGCACAACUUCUUUGGGAAAAUGCCUGUGGAUCACCUACUUCAAUAGCGCAUUACCAAGGAAAAAGAAAAGUUGAGAGAAUGAUCGAAACUGCUCUGGCCGUGCGAUUCCCCGCCGGCGCCAACUUCUGCUACUCCUCUGCUUUGUCUCAUCACCGUUCAGCUUGGACUUCGGAGGAUGUGACUAAUAUAGGCCAUGCUAGCGGCUUUUGCCGGCUUUUGCAUUCUUGCGCUUCCGACGUGCAAUGGAAAAGAUGCCGAAGCCUUAACAGUAAGUCCUUCUUGGAAAGGAACAAUUUCAGAAAAAAUGGAAUUCAUGCAUCGGCAGAGCAUUUGGGCUCUGCGUCAGAUCCACUUAAACAAAAUAGGAGACAGUAUCAUCCAUCCGAGGAGCUCGUGAAAUCAAGAUCAGAGAAUGCCGAGGAUGUUAGACCUACUGCCGCAGAAACUACUCGAACAAUCAUUGAGGUAAAUAGCAAAGCAACAUUAAUGUUUGUGGGUUUGAUUAACGAUGAAGUUCAGGAAAACAUUAUCUGGCCAGAACUUCCUUAUGUAACUGACGAACAUGGAAAUAUUUAUUUUCAAGUGAAGAAUACGGAAGAGGCCAUGCAAAACCUAACUUCAGAAAAUAACUUUGUUCAAGUUCUUAUUGGCAUUGAUACCAUGGAAAUGAUCGAUGAGAUCAAUUGGUUUGGUCCAUCAGAAGUUGAUUUGGGAUUUGAAGAGCUUGAUGAUGAGGCUCUUAAUGACGAAGUAGAUGAUGAUGAUGGUGAUGGUGAUGGCGAUGAUGAAGACGAUGUCGACGAGGAUGAUGCAGAUGAUGACUACGAUGCGGACUGGGUUUCUGUCAUAGAGGAUGAAGAUGAUCCUAAUCACUCUGACGAGACAGCAGGAGAUUGGGCAAAACUGGAGACAAUGCGUUCUUCUCAUCCAAUGCAUUUUGCCAAAAAGCUUUCAGAGGCUGCAUCAGAUGAUCCUAUCGAUUGGAUGGAGCAGCCCCCAGCAACUUUAGUGAUUCAAGGGGCCUUAAGACCUACACGCAGGGAAGAGCGUUCUGUUAUCCAGAGACAUCUAUCCAGCCGUCACUCUAGUAACAGUGACAUAAAUGAGGCUCAGAAACUUGAAGAUAACCUUGAGAAUCAUGGUAGGAUUGAUAAUCAUGGUCAUGAAUCUAGCUCAUCCAAUGGAUUGGAUGAUAAUAUUCCAAUGAACGAGGUUUCAUUUUACCGACUGGAGAUGACAAAAGUUCAGCUAUUUACAGGACAUUCACAUCCAAGCAACGUUGAAAUAGAAGACCUCAUGCAGGCUCAACCUGAUGCAAUUGCGCACUCAGCAGAAAAAAUUAUUUCUCGUUUAAGAGAAGGUGGAGAAAAGACCACACAAGCGCUCAAAUCUCUCUGUUGGAGAUGCAAGGGAAUUCAGGUUGAGGAGGCUGUAAUUAAUGGUAUAGAUUCAAUUGGAUUUGACGUGAGGGUUUGCUCCGGAACUCAGGUCCAAACAUUGCGGUUUGCAUUUGAUACACGAGCAACCUCUGAGUUUAGCGCAGAAAAACAGUUGAACGACUUGCUUUUCCAGAGAAUGCAGGUAAAUUUGUUUUAAAUUGUUAAUUCAUUGGAUUAUAUUAUGGAUCCGGCGAUUGCAAAUAAGCAAUCAUUCUUCAAUUACUAUGAAUUUGGCCUCUUCCAAA